AUGUCCCAAUCAGCGCGAGAGUUUAAAGGCAAGCCAUUUCUACGCGAAACCCGCACCAUGAUGGAGGAACCCCACCAAAUGCUCCGCAGGACGGCCUCAGGCAACGUUAUGGCCUUGGAUCCGGGUGUGGUCGUGCGGAGGAACCUACGGACUGCGUCUGACGGAUAUCUGGAGGACAGGAAGGACUGGGACGCGGGGCAUGCGAGACGGUGGACACAGACCGACCAGGACGAGACAGAUGCGGCGACGAAACGAAGGAUCAUAAAGGAUCUUGUCAACUCAUGGAUGGACCGUCUACAGCUAAUCAGUGUCAUUACUACAUUCUUUGCCGCAACCGAGGCACAGCUCCUGGGUUUCGCCGUGCCCGACGAGGGCGUCACCACCCGCAUCCAAGAAGCCGCCACGGCCAUCCUCGCUGGUGCACUCGUCGUCCACCUAUUCGCAGCCAUCCUAUCUUUCCUUGCCGCAUUCUUCCUCGUUCGCUACCGCAUCGAAGAGGCCAAGCACGAAGAGGACGUGAUCGAGAGCAGCCAUGCGCCCCCAUGCGUAGCCGACCCUGAGGCGGACGCGAAAGCGCAUCAGCGAUCCGACUCGCGCUCGUCCAGCGUACACAUCUGGUCGACGAACCCUCAUCUGGAGCAGGUUGGGCCCUUCCGCCGCGGCAAGCCGCCCACAGCCCUGCUCGAACACUGUCACUCGCUCUGCAUGUGGCUUGCGACGGUCGGCUUUGUGCUCGCGCUGGCGGGCGUGCUGUGCUACACAUGGUCGCGCCUGCCGCACAGCGCCAGCAUAUUUGCGUCAGCCUGCAUGGGCGUGUGUAUUGUCCUUGGCAUCUGCGCUGUGUGUGUGCAGUUUUGA